GCUGCGCCAAGGACUCAGAAGUGAAUGAGGGGGGAAAUAAGCGCCGCCCCCCUAUAGAACGUUGAUACAUUAUAACUUUUUGUGUGUGUGUGUGUUGGUACCGUGUGUGCGCGCGCGCGUGUGUUACUUUCACACCGCGACACCGGCGGAGCUCGGAGCGGCGGCUGCCGGGUUCAGCCCCAACGGGGGGGAUUCAGGAAGGAAAAAGCUUCUUCUGCCCCCCCACCCCCCACUUCUCCUCCCGCACCCCCCACACCACGGAGGCAGCACCCUCUCCUUCACACACAGCGAGCCCUCCCUGCCAGCAGCGUCUCCCGGCGAGAUCCGCGUCCUCAGGAGGCAUCCGAGGAGGGGGAAGGGAAAUUCCCCAUGGGAGAGUGACGUGGGGGGGGGUUAGGUUUUGAGGGAGGUUUAAAUAGGGGCAAACUGCUGUGUUGUUCAGGGAGAGCUGGUCCCCUUCCCUCCCGCACCAAGUCCCCUCUAGAACCCCGCGCGAGGAAGACCUGGAAGGACCACGCGGAUCCGGAGUGACCCUUGGAUAUUAAACCGGAGCGAGGGAGGACUCGGGAAGGCGAUCCCACCCCGGCUGGUGUGUGUGUGUGUGUCACCGAAUGGACCAGCAGCCCAGCGCCAGGAGCUGCAGCCGGGGUGCCCCAGCCUGCGAGGCCGUCCCGAACGAGCCCUCCAUGAAUCUGUACAUCAACACCACCACCGGGACCCGUUAUGAGCUCUCCGUCCCCGUGGAAGAGACGGUGGAAGGACUGAAGCGGAGACUGUCACAGAGGCUUAAAGUGCCCAAGGAAAGGCUGGCGCUGUUACAUAAAGAAAGUCGUCUCAGUUCUGGAAAGCUGCAGGAUUUGGGGGUCGUGGAAGGAAGCAAACUGACGCUUGUCCCCACAGUGGAAGCUGGCUUGAUGUCUCAGGCAUCCAGACCAGAACAGUCGGUGAUGCAGGCUCUGGAAAGCUUAACUGAAACUCAGGUCAAUGACUUCCUGUCAGGAAGGUCCCCCCUGACGCUAGCCCUGCGGGUCGGCGACCACAUGAUGUUCGUGCAGCUCCAGCUGGCGGCUCAGCAGAGCGGAGGGCAGCUCCAGCAUCGGCACGUCAUCGCCAGCCGGGGGGAGCCCGGGGCAGCGGCCGGCCCCACCCCCCAGUGCAGGACGCUUCACGGAGGGAGCAGCUCCAACUUCGCCCGUAUCCCAGUGGUGCCCACCUGCCAGCAGAGCCCCGCCCCCAGCCCCGCCCCCUCGGCACAGGCCACGCCCAUGUACUGUAACGCCGCCCACCCAGCCCCUGUCACAGCUGGGAUGUUCCGGUCACACGGGGCCAGCACGCAAACAGUUAACAGCAGCGUCGUCUCCUCCUGCUCAGAGGUGGACUGUAGCACCCGGAGUAACAAUUCUGCCAGCAGCAACCCAGCCCCAACAAGCCGAUCCCGCAAGCCUGGCGCAGUCAUAGAGAGCUUCGUUAACCACGCUCCUGGGGUCUUCUCAGGGACCUUCUCCGGCACUUUGCACCCCAACUGCCAGGACAGCAGCGGGCGGCCCCGGCGUGAUAUCGGCACCAUCCUUCAGAUCCUCAAUGACCUCCUGAGCGCCACGCGGCACUACCAGGGCAUGCCUCAGUCCCUGACGCAGCUGCGGUGCCAGACGCAGUGCGCCCCCUCCUCGCCCCCGCCCUCCCCGGACCCCGCCAGCAAAACUACCUCAGAGAAACUGACGUCCGCGACCGCCAUGGCCUCGCAGCCCCUGCACUCUGUGGUCCAGUGCCAGAGCCAAAUCAGGAUGUGCAAGCCCAGUGGUGACCGUCUGCGGCAGACCGAGAACCGAGCCACCCGCUGCAAGGUGGAGCGCCUGCAGCUGCUGAUGCAGCAGAAGAGGCUGCGUCGGAAGGCACGGCGGGACGCCCGGGCCCCAUACCACUGGCUGCCAAAUCGCAAGUCCAGCCGGACCAACAGCAACAGCAGCGUGUCUAGCGAAGGCAGCCUGGACCUAGACUUCGAGGAUUCAGUGUGGAAGCCUGAAGUCAAGGCAGACCUGAAAUCAGAAUUUGUUGUAGCAUAGACACACACACACACCCCCACCCCACCCCACCCCAGGCUGAUAUGAACGAACAGGGCCUGUGGUGGGACAGACCCCGCCGGGGAGAGCCAGGACUCUCGUCUCUUCAGUCCCAUCGCUCGGAUCUCCUCUGUAUUCGCCGGAUGCCUGGGGCAGACCUGGGUGACGUCUGUCGGAAAAGCGUGGAGGGGUUGCCCCACUUUUGAUUUUUGUUCCUGGUUUAUUUUUCAGAGGGAAGGGGAUGGGAUGAGGGUGGGGAAGGGAGCUCUCCCAGACGUAUGAUGCGGGGAGAUGAAGCGCUGGAGUUUCAAGCUGGCGAACUGGAUUUUGUUUUGUUCCCGUUUUGAAUAAUAAGUGGACUCUAACAUGCCUGCCUUACACCGCCGCCGAACCAAUAAAGCCAACGCACGAGAAACUGAACGGAGUCCGUCUGACGAAUCAACAGGCUCCAGACUUCCUACGUUUUCGCAGAGCAGAGUGCUUGCUCGUCGGAUGGGAGAGGGGAACUGUGGUUUAUCAAAGCUGCUCAUUUCGCUGUGAAAGACCCAAGCAUGCACAGUACAAGCAAGCGCUCCCUGUAGGCUCGGAGCCUGGCGCUCGCUAUAUAUAUAUAUUUGGGGGGGGGCGUGGAGAGGGCAGCUGUGCAUGCUUGGGCCACAUGGGAUCCCAGAAUUUGGGGGCUGUUUAUUUUUCCUUCCCUCUUUAUAUGUAGCAUUGCUCAGCUGUUGUUGGUUGUUUUUUUUUUUUUGUAAUUUUAAUUUAAUUUUUUUUAAACCAAUCCAACCCUGUCCCAACUCCACACAGUUAGGUUGCAGAACCCACAUGCACUUUACAGGUCUCAGUUGUGAAGUAGUGCCGGGGCAGCUCUCCCCCGUCCCCCACCAGUAACAGCUUUGUGCUGGCUUUGGAGAUCUCUGUUACGGACCCUCAGAGGAGAUGCUGGGGGCAUCCUCCCAGUUUGUUUAUUCUCAACCCCCACCCCCUGCUUUGCAUUGUAAAUUACAAUGCAAUAGCUCUAUCCUUUUUUUAAAAAAAAAAUUAUUUUGGUUGUUUGGGUUUUUUGGGUGUGUCUGUGUGGGUGUGUGUGUGUGUACUUAAUUCUGACUCCUUGCAGCAGCAAAGGUGGCUUGCUUUAUUUUCUAUGGAAGAGGGAGGGUAAAAUAAAUAGAUUUCCCCUCUGCUGUAGAGACCAACUUUUUAAUUUCAGAAGGUUUUUUUUCCACCCAGCUGUUGGUUGUGUGUUUUUUUUUUUAACUUAAAAAAGGAAAAUUAAGAAAAAAAAUAAAAUAAAAUCCAGUACUUGGUAAUGGCUGUUUGCAGGCCUUGGGGCUAAUAUUUAUAGACAUUAAUAACUUGACUGAGCCAGUACUGACCUAGUGUUGCCUAGACUGUAGAAAUCCUUUUUCCUGUCCAUUUGUUUUUUUCUUCCUUCCCCGUCAGGAGAUCUGUGCAAAUAGAAAACCCCACGUGAUGUG